GCUACAGGCUGCAAACAGCUACUUAAGGGACCAGUGGUUUCACUCCCUGCAGUGGAAGAAAAAGAUUUACAAGUACCGUAAGGUCCUGAACAACCCGAGUCGCUGGGACGUGGUGCUGAAGGAGAUCAGGGCGCUCGUGGACAUGGCUCUGACCUCACCGCUGCAGGACGAGUCCAUCCACCAGGCUCCUCUGCACAUCAUCUCCACCCUGCUGGCUGAGAACUCUAAUCUCAGCACUCAGGAUCAUGAGAACAUUAUUGUGGCCAUCGCUCCUCUUCUGGAAAACAACCACCCACCACCUGACCUGUGUGAGUUCUUCUGUAAGCACUGUCGGGAGCGGCCGCGGUCGAUGGUCGUGAUUGAAGUGUUCACUCCUGUGGUCCAGAGAAUCCUCAAACAUAACAUGGUGAGAGCUGCUCUGUCAGGAGCUGCACGGAGCCUCCAGUG